GACCUCUACCGCGUUCCAAACCUGUCGCGUGUCGUGUUAAUCGUUAAUAUCUUUGGGUGAAUACGUCCGUUGCCAGCCAAGUAGUCCGACGUCAUGCUGUGGCUUGCACAAGCAUUUUUGGCGAUCAGCCUCCCGCUAGCUGGAGCUCAAUCUUAUCCCAACACCUCUAUCCCCACCAAUAAUACUACCAAUCCCGCCGAGUUGAGCAAUGCGACGAGUCCACCAUUCUAUCCUUCGCCAUGGAUGGACGGCUCAGGGGGAUGGGCUGAUGCGUAUGCCAAGGCGCAAUCCUUCGUCCGACAAUUGACCCUUCUCGAGAAAGUCAAUCUCACAACUGGUGUGGGCUGGGAAGGUGAGGCCUGCGUCGGUAAUGUGGGCGCGAUUCCACGGCUGGGAUUUCAAGCACUGUGCAUGCAAGACUCUCCCCUCGGUGUUCGCUUUGGUGACUAUGUCUCCGCGUUUCCUGCCGGUGGAACGGUCGCAGCCUCAUGGGACCGUGGGGUCUUCUAUCAACGUGGCUACCAAAUGGGAAUGGAGCAUCGCGGAAAAGGCGUGGACGUUCAACUUGGUCCCGUCGUUGGCCCUCUUGGCCGAAACCCAAAGGGCGGGCGCAACUGGGAAGGUUUCAGUCCCGACCCUGUCCUUUCGGGUAUUGCUGUCGCAGAAACCGUCCGCGGAAUCCAAGAUGCGGGUGUCAUUGCCUGCACCAAGCAUUAUAUUAAUAACGAACAGGAGCAUUUCAGAUCACCAGGCAGCUUUGGGGACUUUGGCUUCGUCGAUGCAAUUUCCUCCAACCUGGACGACAAGACCCUGCAUGAGCUGUACCUCUGGCCUUUUGCAGAUGCAGUCCGUGCUGGGACUGGAUCCAUUAUGUGCUCAUAUAACAAGAACAACAACUCGCAAGCUUGCCAAAAUAGCUAUCUCAACAACUACAUCCUCAAGGGCGAACUGGGAUUCCAAGGUUUCAUCAUGUCCGACUGGUCAGCUCAACACAGCGGUGUAUCAUCCACAGCUGCGGGCCUGGAUAUGACCAUGCCUGGAGAUACUGGUUUCGACACUGGACUUUCCUUCUGGGGCCCGAACCUCACUAUUUCUAUCCUGAAUGGCUCAGUUCCGGAGUGGCGAAUUGAUGAUAUGGCUACUCGAAUUAUGGCGGCAUACUACCUUGUUGGCAGGGACCGGACUCAGGUUCCGGUCAACUUCAAUUCCUGGUCUCUGGAUACUUUCGGCUAUGAACACGCUUAUGCCAUGACUGGAUAUGGACAGAUCAACCAGCAUGUUGAUGUCCGAGACGAGCAUUACCUUGCAAUCAGGUCAGCAGCUGCACGAUCCACUGUCCUACUUAAGAACACCAACGGUAGCCUCCCAUUGAAGGGACGGGAGAAGUUCACAGCAGUCUUUGGCGACGACGCCGGCGACAAUGACCUUGGACCGAACGGUUGCCCUGAUCACGGCUGUGACAAUGGGACGCUCGCUCAAGGGUGGGGUUCUGGAACUGCGUACUUUCCGUAUCUCGUCACUCCUCUCGAUGCCAUAAAGAAUGAAGUGAUUGGUCAUGGAGGAGUAGUGCAGUCCGUCACAGCAAACUGGGCCUACGAUUCGAUCGUCGCGCUCGCAAAACAGGCUACUAUCUCCAUUGUCUUUGUGAAUGCGGACAGCGGUGAAGGUUACAUAACUGUUGAUGGCAACGCGGGCGACAGGAAUAACCUCACACUUUGGAAAGAUGGCGACAAACUCAUCCAGAAUGUGACGGCCCACUGCAACAACACCAUUGUAGUUAUCCACAGUGUAGGGCCUGUCCUCGUGGACUCUUGGUACAACAACCCGAAUGUAACUGGUAUUCUUUGGGCUGGCCUUCCUGGAGAGCAAUCCGGCAACGCAAUUGCCGACGUCCUUUACGGAAGGGUCAACCCUGGAGGAAAACUGCCGUUCACGAUGGGCCGCCAGGCGUCCGAUUAUGGCGCUGACCUGUUCUACGAGCCUUCCGCAGGCCAUGCUUCCAUACAGGACAACUUCGUGGAAGGUGUUUUCAUCGACUACCGAUACUUCGACAAGAAUAAUAUCUCCCCGAUCUACGAGUUUGGCUUUGGUUUGAGCUACACGACUUUCUCCUACUCCGACAUCAAAGUUGUCAAGAUCCCUGCUGGUACAUACGCUCCAACUACUGGCACCACGAAGGCAGCACCGGUGCUAGGAAAUUUUAGCACCGACCCGGCAGACUACCAAUGGCCAGCCAAUCUGACCUAUGUCAAAGCAUACAUCUACCCCUAUCUAAACUCGACCAAUCUCCAAGAAGCUUCGAUGGACCCCGAGUAUGGACUGGAGAACUCGGCGUAUUUACCUGAGGGGGUCAGCGAUGGCUCGCCGCAACCCAAGAUUGCUGCCGGCGGAGCGCCAGGAGGAAAUCCAGCCCUUUACGACGUGCUCUUCAAAGUCACCGCGACUGUCACCAACAACGGCACCGUCCCCGGCGAAGAAGUUACCCAGCUGUAUGUGUCACUCGGCGGCCCUGAUGAUCCAAAGGUGGUCCUGCGCAACUUCGAGCGCCUGAGCAUCCAGCCCGGCCAAAGUGCGACGUUUUCAGCGGAUGUUACGCGCAGGGACAUUUCCAACUGGGACACAGUGACGCAGAACUGGGUCAUCUCGAACUACUCCAAGACGGCGUACGUGGGUAGCUCGUCGAGGAAGCUAGUUUUGAGUGCGCAGCUCAGCUUAUAAGAGGAAGCGGUAAUGACUUAUCGUUUGAUUAUUCCGGCGUUGAGUGGGAAAUGAUGGACUGGUCCGCUGGAUAACAAAUAAUGAUGAAUGUUUAAUCAUGGUUGGUUGGGACGCCACAGAUAUAAAGGGCCAAUCAUUGAUUUGACAAUUGAAUGAUUCUUGUAAAUAUUUUG